AUGGAAGCUAUCCCACCCAAGGUAAUCACCGUGGACACGGACAAGGGGGAAGCCCAACCGCAGGAUGUAAAUGUGGCUUCCGGUGGAGACAUGCCGUCCACAAACAGUCUAGCACGUACACCUAAGCACGCCAAUAGGACCAAGGACGAAGGCGAAUCGGGGGCCUCUCGGUCCGCAGGUCAUGCAAGCCAAUAUCCACCGGGGUAUCAUCCACAUCCUCCGCAGCGACCAGCUCGCCUGUUCAACGGGAAUGGAGCCUUUCAACCGAGAGAUCCACAUCCGCGACAACACUACACAGGGCCACCACAAAGACCGGGGAGACACUAUUCGCACGGCGGAUUACAAGAGCAACGGUAUUACGACGGCCCUCCUCGGUACGGUGACUAUCAGCAGUCUGUGGAGCAGGGACGGUACGGGAAUGCUCGAGGAGGAGGCGAUCACGGACGCUACGGCACACAUGCCGGAGGGGACGCACGCCACUCGUAUGGUCGAGGGGGGAUGUAUCCACCAGCGCCCCCGCAGCAAGGUUACUAUGAGGGUGGAAAUGCUGGUCCUUCGUGGGGCCACCCACCGUACGGUCGACCGCCCCAGUUUCAAAUGCAGCAACAACUAGAUCCGUACGCGCGUGGACCGCAUCACACAUCCAACAGUACAUUUUCCCGUGCUGUCUCAUCUUCCUUCGAUCGAUCCGUCAAGAGCCGCACAUCGUUGGAAGAAAGGAACCCUAUGGAACCGUCGUCGUAUAGGAAUCCAAUUGCGCUACCUCGUGAUGCCAACGACAACGCAUCCAUUGCCGACGAUGCAUCGUGGGGACAGCUCAACCAAGUCACUUCGGUGGACGAGGAAGAAUUGCGCAAACGCCUGAAGCGCGAUACCGCCACUUCCGAGGGAAUCCAAAAGUUGGCGCUUAACGACCACCGCCCCUCUUCCAAUUCGUCGUCUUUGACCAACUCACCUACCGAAGGCGUCAAGAAAUCGGAAUCUGUUGAUCGUAAGUUGACCUCCUCCUUGGAUUCGUUAUCGUCGGUGGCUUCUGUUCAAGAACCCAUGGAAACGGACAAGGAGAAGACCAGCCCAGCUGAAUCGACUUCGUCUUUGGAUUUGAUGAAAUGUCCAAGCGGUAGUAGUGCUCUACUCUCGCCUUCUGACCAGCGCGAGUUUUCGCAGCUUUCAUUCAACUUAUCUUCCAAAAAGUCCACCGAAGAACGCGAAGACCUAAUUGAAAAGGACGGCGACGGUACAUUGCGCACCGGUUCAACCGAGCCUCCUACUAAAAAAUUGCGCACGGGGAAAAAAGCUAGUCCACUCUCCAUUACUUGCAGUCCACCAUUGUCUCCGACGGAGAGGCGCACAGAGUCAAGCAAACCCAUCCAACCCCAACCUAUAUACGCAAGCCAGCAAGCUCCUGAUUCUUACUACGAAAAGCUGUCCUCGUAUUCCAUGGAUUCCGUGCCGCCACUACCUGGUUCGCGAUAUUUACCCCCGAGGCCCGCUUCAUCGGCGUCGAGUACAAUGACUCCUGUGGAUAAUCAUGGGCCUCCGGCCGUACAACAGCUACCAUCAUGGGACAUCUACCCGCAGGAUUCCUUUGGUGCUGGUAGUUUAAGUGGCGGAAUGGGUCCAUCGUUGGGUGCUAACUUUUCCUUUUCGCAGGACUACCCAAUGCUUUCCGCUAGUGCGAGCAACGAUCACGGUGGCAACAAUCACCCGCUCGAAUCUCGAAAUCAGUCUUUUGACGCCGCCGGCAAUGGGCACUUUUUUCAACGUUCAGAUUCUAUGGUGAGCUAUGAGGGUGCCCGGCAGGGUGGAUACGAACCUCGCCAACAAUAUGCGGGGCCCUUUCCACCGCAGGCACCGUCCUGGGGAUCAGCCACUUCGUUCCAUCAACAGCAACAGCAUGGAUUUCCCUACCCUAACCGUCAAGGGUCGUUUGGAGGUCCCGUGGCUCCCCCGAUGAGAGCCUUUCCUGUCGACAAUGCCGGACGGCCCUUUCAACCUCCUCCCGAGUUUCGAGCCCCGCCCAGCAUGGUACAAAAGGCCAAUCAAAACAACACAACUUUGAUGAGCUCAAACUAUGUGCCCCAUGAAAACAGCAAAAACGGUCCCUUUGGGUGGUCAAAGGAAGAGGACAUGCGCCUGUCCGAAGUAAUGAAGAAGUACAAGAAUCCCCGUGAUUGGGAACCAAUCGCCAAGGAGCUCAACCGUGGUCGAUCUGCCAAGGAAUGCCAUGAGCGAUGGAUUCGCUAUCUGAAACCUGGUGUCCGUAAGGGUCAGUGGACAGAUGCCGAAGACGCAAUUGUAAUGGAUGCGGUCAAUUCCAGCUCGGAGCAACCAUUUACUCGUUGGUCAGACUUGGCGCAACGUCUACCCGGACGUGUUGGCAAACAAAUUCGGGAUCGAUGGGUUAAUCACUUGAAUCCAAACAUCAACCACUUGCCUUUUUCCCGCGAAGACGAUUUGCUGUUGUGGAAUGGACACAAGAAGCUUGGGAAGAGAUGGGUAGAGAUCGCUACGAAAUUUUUUAACUCGAGUCGUUCCGAAAAUCAUAUCAAGAAUCGUUGGUACUCAGCCUCGUUCAAGAAGUUUAUUGCUAACGAAUUUGGUCCUGAUGCAUACGCCGGCACCAAAAGUCCCAAAAAAGCUUCCUCUACAUCCAAGCGAUCGAGGCCAUCAGACGAUGCUUCCGAAAUGACAGCAGUGUAG